AUGGCCAAGGCCAGCGCCCUGGAGAGCCUCCAGGUGGAAGCGAGCUGUUCCAUCUGCCUGGAUUACCUGAACGACCCGGUGACCAUCGACUGCGGCCACAACUUCUGCCGUACGUGCAUCCUGCGCUGCUGGGAGGAGCUGGAGGAGCGCUUCCCUUGUCCGGUGUGCCGCCGCCACUUCCCGCUGCGCACCUUCCGCACCAACCGGCAGCUGGGCAACGUGGCGGAGAUCGCGCGGAAGCUGAGCCCCAAGCGCAGCAAGCGCCGACGGCACGAAGAGGCGGUGUGCGAGAAGCAUCAGCAGGUGCUGAGCCUCUUCUGCGAGAAGGAGCGCGAGGUGGUGUGCCUGGUGUGCUGCAUCUCGUGCGAGCACCGCGACCACCGCGUGGGCCCCGUCGAGCGGGCGGCCGCCUCGCACAAGGAGAAGCUGCGCUCCUACCUGGGCCCGCUGAGGCGGCAGUUGGAGGACCUGCGCCACUUGGUGGCCGGCGAGCAGAGGAAACCCGGCGAGCUGCGGGAGAAGGUGGAGAGCCGGCGGCAGAAGCUCCACGCGGAGUUCGAGAAACUGCACCAGUUCCUGGACGAGGAGCACCAGGGCGUGCUGCGGCGGCUGGAGGACGAGGAGAAGGAGAUCCUGCAGAAGCUGAGCGAGAACGUGGCCAAGCUCUCGGACCACGGCAGCACGCUGCACAAGCUCAUCAGCGAGAUCCAGGAGCGCUGCCAGCGGCCCGCCGUGGAGGCCCUCCGGGGCAUCAAGCACAUCAUCAGCAGGUGCGAAAACGCCAAGAUCCCGGCCGCCGUCUCCCUGGAGCUCAAGAAGGACACCUGCAGCUUCCCGCUGCAGCACUUUGCGCUCAAGAAGAUGAUCAAGAAGUUCAAGGUGGACAUCACGCUGGACCCCGCGACGGCCCACCCCAACCUGGUCGUCUCGGACGACCGGAAAAGCGUCAGGUUCGUGGAGACCAAGCAAGACCUCCCGGACGUCCCGGAGAGAUUCACCUUUUACCCUUUCGUCCUGGGCUCGCAGGGCUUUUCGUCGGGCAGGCAUUAUUGGGAGGUGGAGGUCGGGGACAAGACUCAGUGGACUCUGGGGGUGUGCAAAGACACCGUUACCAGGAAGGGCAAGAUUCAGGUGUCACCCCAGGACGGCUACUGGAGACUGAGGUGGUAUAAGAAUGAGUAUACCGCUCUGACCAGGACCCCGAUUCCCCUCCUCCUCAAAAUAAAACCCAAGAGAAUUGGGAUUUUCCUGGACUAUGAUCUGGGGGAGGUCUCCUUUUACAAUCUGAAUGACAGGUCUCACAUUUAUACCUUCACUGAGACUUUUACAGAAAAACUUCGGCCUUUUUUCUACCCCGGGACCCAUUCAUCACCUCUUCUCAUACGGCCAGCGACAGACUGGGAGUGAUGAACGGAACCUGGAAAACUUAUGAUUUCUGCGUUUCGUUUUCUUUUUUCUCCUUUUAGUUUUUAGAAUUGACAAGAUCUAAUGCCAGCAUUUCGGGGUUCUUUUCAUAGUUUUACUACCAACCAAGUCAUUUCUCCCUCUCCAUUUUCAGUAGUCAUCAUCUGCCUACCUACCUGGAUGCUUUUGAAAACAGGUUUGGA